GCGGCGGUCGGGACGCAGGAGGGGCCCCCCGGGCUCCCUUCCCCUUCCCUCCCUCCGCGGCGGGCGGCGCUGGAGGAUUUUCUCCCGCCGCGGCCCCCUCGCUGUCCCCCAGACAUGGUAGGUCACCUCCAGCUGCAAGGGAUGGACGAGAGCCUGAAGGAGAAGAGCCGGGAAGGCUUGCUGGACAGUCCGGACUCGGGGCUGCCCCCCAGCCCCAGCCCCCCCUUCUACUCCCUGUCGCCCGGUGAGGGCCGAGCAGGGGGCAGCGGCGGUGCGGACCCCCCGGCCCCGGGCCACCGGCGAGAGGCCAAGGACGGCAAAGUGAUGCCUUAUCUGCUCCUGAACCCGUCCAUGCCUGAGAUAAGGCCUCGAAUGUACCCGGUGUUUUUUGGAGAAAGCAUUGAGGUCAACCCUGAGCCUGUGCAGGAAAUCAGGUGCAAUUCCGAGGUGAAGUACGACUCGGAGAAGCACUACCGGGACGACAUCUUCUACGGCCCCAUCCCCACGGUCACCACCUACAGCGAGACCAUCAUCGCCGCUCCCAACUGCACCUGGCGCAACUACAAGUCCCAGCUGAUCUUCGAGCCCCGCCAGAAGCCGGUGAGGUUUCAGAGCACGACCAUCAUUUUCCCUAAGCGUGCCAAGAACAUUUACCGGACCACCCUCAACUACAGCUUGGGCUGUGCCAAGCGCUGGUUCGCUUCCAGCGUGCAGCUGGAACUGUGUGAGGAAACCAGCCCGUGCGUCAUGUACAGCGAGACCCUCUGAUCCGCGCCACCCCGCCGGGGCACGGCCUGCACGGGGCUCUGGCUGCGCCUUGCCUGGUGGCAACUGAACAUUCAUGGCUGGAGAGCAGCUCUCGAGGCUUGCAGGGCACAGGAUGGUUUUGAUCAGUGAGAGGCUGGCUUGUGUUUUGCGACGUUCCUGACAUUCAUGAUCUGGAUUUUAUUUUUGGGUUGUUUGUUUUGUUUUUUUUUCUCCGAGCGUAUCUAUUUUUGGCUUGUGUUUAGAUGAAAUCAAGAUGACAAAGGACCCUGUUACCCAUUGCAGAGUGAUGCCUUAUGAGCUCUGUAGGUCUUGUCUAGCACAUAGGUGAGAGUCAUUGUAAGCUUCAGAGCUAUUUUGGUCUCUGCACAGGGAAGGCCAACUGCAGAGUCAGCGUCUGUUCGGCCCAGCACACACCAGGCCAGAUCUCUUUGAGAGCUGAAAUGCAGAGGAGGUGGUUAAUUGUACCAGUACAUCACAGCUUGCUCCAACAGCUCCUCUCAGUGAGAGCUGCCCUAUUACAGCACCACAGUCACCUCACUUCCUGGGAGGAGUGGACACUGUCACCCCAAGAAAAGAGGAUUUAAACAGGUUCCCCAGCUCUUGCUAGCAGCUGGAUGUUUGUAUACCAUAGCAAAGCACAGCACAACCAGGAGAUGGGAGGAAGGCCUGCUGUGAUGCACAGACACAUCUUUUGUGAGCCCAGCCAGGAGCAAGGAGGGAGACUGAGGAAAAUAAACAGCUGAAGGGCUAGUUUCUAAAAGUGACUGAGAGAUUUAGGAGCCCAGUGCCCUUCUAUCAAAAGUAUUGCCAUACCAACUGUGCCAUGCUGUUCACUGCCUCCAACACCUAAUUUAAGGGAUCUGUAUGCACUUGCAGCCCUUCUGAGUUUCAGGGUGUGGCUGUAUUGCAGAGAGGAGUGUAGAGCAGAAAGUUCCCUGGUUUCUUUGAAGCCAGGGCAGGGUUAACUCACCCUCUCAAUAGUUUCCAUAUUUGUGGCAUGGGCAGCUUUUCUGCCUGCAGAGGAGCAGCCAAACUUUCUCAGUGUAGAGCUUGAAGGAUUGAAGAGCCCAAAUCCAUCUGGGUUUUCCUUACUCAGCCAGGCUGUAGCACUAAAAACAGCAACUUCACAAACAGCUGAACUGUCUCUGCAACAGUACCAAGGAACAGUGAGCAGGAGUCAGUGCAACCAUCCUAAGGUAAAACAUUCCCCAGUCAUGAGUCCCAUCUCCUGCUUUAUCUUCACUUCGGUCUCUUGCUGAAAAUCUGCAAGAGCCUGGAUUCCCACAAACAUAUAACUUUGAAAAUAGCACGGAAUUGUCUCCAAAAAUCUUACUAAGAAUUUUUGCAUGCUGCUCCGACUUAGAAAUAACCACACAGCUCCUGAAAUUAAUUUCCAGCUUUCUCUCUUCUAAACUUUCCAUUUUGUUCCUGACUUGCUGUGAGUCUGAUGGAGUUAUUUCAGAACACAGCUGAGCAGCCAAGUCAGAAAGCCUAUUAACAAUGUCAACAAGACGUAGCUGAUUGCCCAGAACAGUUGACGCACAAACCCGCCGAGAUUUAAAAAAAAAAGUCUGAGAAACUUGAAAAAAUAAUAAAAUUAGUGACUUAUAAAGAUACUUUUUCCAUCAGUUUCCAAAAGCAGUUGGUAAAUGUGACCAGAACUGUGACCUUUAUGAAACAGAGUUCUCUUGUUUAAAAUGUAGCACAGUUUUUCCACCAGAGGUAAAUAUAAAGUCUUUAAAUACAAACUUCAAUCCUGACAGCUGGAGCAUCGUUAGUGCUGAAAGAUGUGUGUUAUGGCAGUGCUGAACUCUCCCUGUCCACUGGGAGUUAGGGCUUGGUAGGAAGAACCCCUCAAAGGAUUUCCAAGGCUUCCACCUACUGUUGAAUCCUUUACAGCAGCACAAACAAGGACUAUAUUUGUUAGUGGUCAGAUUCUGCUGUCACUGUCUGUCAGCAUCAAAGCCUGGAAAAGCAGCAUCUGCCUCCAGAGGGAUUAUUAUGCCUGAAGCAACCCUUCUCCCCUGGGCUCCAGCAAACAGAGCUGGCUUAGGCAGCAGGGAGUUGGUGCCUGGAUGAACAUGGCCCCAGUGCAGUGAGGCUGGUGAUGCACUUACUUGCUGGUUCAUCUUUGGGUCUGUCCUGUUGGCCAUGUGCUGCUGAUGGGCCUUGGGAGCAGGGGAAAUGCCCCUGUGCCACAUGGAGGGCUCAGUGCCUGCAUCCCUGAGGGUCUGUGCCAAGGGCAGGGUCCCAGGCUGACAGCAGGGCAACCCAGGUCCAAAAGCAAGGCCAGACUCACAUCCAGGAGAUCCCUGCACGAUGACAGAGGGGACUGGUGGAGACAGGCUGACCUCAGAGCCUCUCCCUGGUCCGACCACACAUCAGGCUUUGCCCUUUGAACAGCUGGAUUAUUCCCCUGCUUUGAGCACAAAGCUGCUGUUCUUGAACAUGGUGGUCUUUGAGCAGGACAGCUUUUCCUCAGAAAAAUCCCUUUCUUCAUGACUGGCUGCAGGUUU